AUGGGUUACACGAGUCAACUUCACGGAUGUAGAGCUGAGCUCAAACCAACGGUCUACUUCGAAUACCACACGGAGAACGAAGCGAUUCGGCUGGAGGACAGGCUCAUCAACUCCAAUGGUCCAGGCCGCAGUGAAGUCUUACCGACAGCUCCUGGUUCAAACACAGUCCCUGAUAUUGUGAUCCAUUCCAUAGCUGAGCAAGCGGAUACACUAGCUGCACCCCUCAAGCCUGAGGUUGUGGAAUCAUGGCAAAAUUCCUCUGAUGAAGGUAGAGUCGCGGAACCAGUGGACUUGGUCAUGGUCGAAGCUGCAAGUCAACCGCCGAAGCCACCAGAAAGCGAAGCGAGCAUAGAGCAUGGACUGUUGCCUCCAGAAGUGACCAUUCCGGCCCACUCGCACACCCCUAAUGACCUAGAUGAAUCUCGAGCCAAGAAGGUGGUAACUUGGAUUAAUUUCGAGGACUGGGCCAAGACCAUGAUCCAGGAGGAACACAAAGCCAGUUUAAUGCCAGUGCCGGAGCCCCCAAUCACCACAGAGCUAAGAGCAGAGACUGCGUCUCUAGAUGGCCAGCCUAUAACUGUGAUGGCGGAAUCGAGUCAAGCUACAACGGCUCAAAGCGCAAGAAAAAUUCUCAAGCCUCGCAUUGUUGUCUGA